CCCUAUCGGUCUUUACUUUUUUUUGUUUAUGCUUUUUUAAAAAGCUUCCACUUCGGUCUCUCUCCAUAUUAUUCUCGCAAUCGGGUCCUGGUUCGAUUCGGUUGUUUGCUUCCCAGUUCUUCUUGCUCCUGUUUCCUGAAGAACUCUUCUUUCCCUGCUUCUGUUCUGCCCCUACCUUCCAUUCAGGUUAACAAUCCCAGAGCUCGAACCUUUCUCCGGUGGAUCCGCUUCGCCGCCGUCUCCAAUCCCGCUUCUCGCCGGCGUUUCUUUCUUUCAGGGAAUCUGAGGAGGGGCCGCGAUGCGGCCGGGCGCCGGAGACGAGCUGGCGCGGGGGUCUUACGCGCUGUACCACUUAGGCACCAGCGGCUCCGCCGUCGCCGCUGCCACCGCCGCCACCCACCCGCUCGAUGUUAUUAAAGUUAGGCUUCAAAUGCAGCAUGCUAGGCAAAGAGGAAACUUAGUUGGAAUGGGAACAAUAUUUACACAACUGGUCACUAGGGAAGGGCCUCGGUCACUCUACCUGGGACUUGCACCAGCAUUGACGAGAUCUGUCGUCUAUGGUGGCCUUCGAUUAGGACUGUAUGAACCCUGCAAACAUGUAUGCAGUUAUGCCUUUGGUUCAACAAACUUUGCUUUUAAGUUUGCAUCUGGAAUCAUUGCUGGGGCCCUUGCAACUGCUUUAACAAAUCCCAUGGAGGUUUUAAAGGUGAGGCUGCAGAUGAGUACAAGUAGUACCAGUACAAUAGGAGAGAUGAGGAAAGUUUUAGCACAGGAAGGGCUCAAAGCACUUUGGAAAGGAGUUGGUCCAGCAAUGGCAAGAGCAGGCUGUCUCACUGCAUCACAAAUGGCAACCUACGACGAGUCCAAGCAGGCAUUAAUGAAGUGGACACCUCUUGAAGAAGGUUUUCAACUACAUCUCAUCUCGAGUUGCAUAGCUGGAACAGCUGGUACUCUUGUGACCGCACCUGUAGACAUGGUCAAAACACGGCUAAUGCUGCAACAGGAGACCAAAGGUGCCAGAGUAUACAGGAAUGGAUUCCAUUGUGCUUACCAGGUUGUGGUGACAGAGGGUGUAAAAUCACUUUAUAAAGGUGGAUUUGCCACCUUUGCAAGAUUAGGCCCUCAGACAACGAUCACCUUCAUCGUGUGUGAGAAACUGCGCGAACUAGCAGGGAUGACUGCUAUCUAAUACCACCUAAAAUUGCAUAUUCGUUGGUCCAACAGUUGGAGGACAUCCACCAACUGUGAGUUUUUUUGAGGGAGAAGAUAAGCACACAUAGGGCAUUUCAGGCUUGGGAAGUCCAAACUCCUUCCAGAUUUAUAUUACUUUAUUCUAAAUUUUGAAAUGGUGUGAAUUGUACGUAUAUGGGUAUAUUUUAUAUACCUGACAUACCUAGAAAUUGUCACACAGCAUAUGGACGGAGAACGUUCUUCUCUGUUUCUGGUGUUCUAGCGAAAUUGAAGCUCAAGCAUCUGAAAACAGUUAUCUACACAUCUGACCUUCACGAAUCUUGCGGCGGUUAUUCUUCAUUAACCAACAGUGUGAAGUCAGAU